ACGUGAGUCCCGGGCGCGCGUCACGGGAACGCUGCCGGAGGGACGGCAGGCUGUUCUUGUUGAGUUUGGUCCUUAGUGGACCAUGGCCAACGUCUCCAAGAAGGUGUCUUGGUCCGGCCGAGAUCGGGAUGAUGAGGAGGCGGCGCCGCUGCUUCGAAGCACUGGGCAGCCUGAUGAAGAGACGCCGCUGCUGAACGGGGCCGGUCCGGCCGCGCGCCAGUCUCAUUCUGCGUUUUUCCGGAUUGGACAGAUGAACAAUGUGGAGCUGGACGAUGAGCUUCUGGACCCAGAAGUGGACCCUCCUCACACCUUCCCCAAGGAGAUUCCACACAAUGAGAAGCUCCUCUCCCUCAAGUAUGAGAGCCUGGACUAUGACAAUAGCGAGAACCAGCUCUUUCUGGAAGAGGAGAGACGAAUCAACCACACGGCUUUCCGGACGGUGGAGAUCAAACGAUGGGUUAUCUGUGCCCUCAUUGGAAUCCUGACAGGCCUGGUAGCCUGCUUCAUUGACAUUGUAGUGGAGAACCUGGCGGGCCUCAAGUACAAAGUCAUCAAGGACAACAUCGACAAGUUCACAGAGAAGGGCGGCCUGUCCUUCUCCCUCCUGCUGUGGGCCACGCUGAACUCUGCCUUCGUGCUCGUGGGGUCUGUGAUUGUGGCCUUCAUAGAGCCAGUUGCUGCUGGCAGCGGAAUCCCCCAGAUCAAGUGCUUUCUCAAUGGGGUGAAGAUCCCUCACGUGGUGCGACUUAAGACGCUGGUGAUCAAGGUGUCCGGUGUGAUUCUGUCUGUGGUAGGAGGAUUAGCUGUGGGAAAGGAAGGGCCAAUGAUCCACUCGGGUUCAGUGAUCGCUGCUGGGAUUUCACAGGGAAGGUCAACAUCACUCAAGCGAGAUUUCAAGAUCUUUGAGUACUUCCGCAGAGACACAGAGAAGCGGGACUUUGUCUCAGCUGGAGCUGCAGCAGGAGUGUCUGCUGCAUUUGGAGCCCCUGUAGGUGGGGUCCUGUUCAGCCUGGAGGAAGGUGCGUCCUUCUGGAAUCAGUUCCUGACGUGGAGAAUUUUCUUUGCUUCCAUGAUUUCCACCUUUACACUGAAUUUUGUUCUGAGCAUCUACCAUGGAAACAUGUGGGACCUGUCCAGCCCAGGCCUCAUAAAUUUUGGAAGAUUCGACUCAGAGAAAAUGGCCUACACCAUCCAUGAGAUUCCUGUCUUCAUCGCCAUGGGUGUGGUGGGUGGCAUUCUUGGAGCUGUGUUCAAUGCCUUGAAUUACUGGCUAACCAUGUUUCGAAUCAGGUACAUCCACCGACCCUGCCUCCAAGUGAUUGAGGCCAUGCUGGUGGCUGCUGUCACAGCCACGGUUGCAUUCGUCUUGAUUUACUCAUCUCGAGAUUGCCAGCCCCUGCAGGGGAGCUCCAUGUCCUACCCGCUCCAGCUCUUCUGUGCAGAUGGCGAGUACAACUCCAUGGCUGCAGCCUUCUUUAACACCCCGGAGAAGAGUGUUGUCAGCCUGUUCCAUGAUCCACCAGGCUCCUACAAUCCUAUGACACUAGGCCUGUUCACCCUGGUCUACUUCUUCCUGGCCUGCUGGACCUAUGGCCUCACAGUAUCUGCUGGCGUCUUCAUCCCAUCUCUGCUCAUUGGGGCUGCCUGGGGUCGACUCUUUGGCAUCUCCCUGUCCUACCUCACAGGGGCAGCGAUUUGGGGAAGGAUUGCCACUGCUACUGAUAUUCAGCCAUGUUGCUUCCCACAGAUCUGGGCAGACCCGGGUAAAUAUGCCCUGAUGGGAGCCGCUGCUCAGCUUGGUGGGAUCGUGAGAAUGACUCUUAGCCUGACAGUCAUCAUGAUGGAGGCUACCAGCAAUGUGACCUAUGGCUUUCCCAUCAUGCUGGUGCUGAUGACUGCUAAGAUUGUGGGUGAUGUCUUCAUUGAGGGCCUCUAUGACAUGCACAUCCAACUGCAAAGUGUUCCCUUCCUGCACUGGGAGGCCCCGGUCACCUCACACUCGCUCACUGCCAGGGAAGUAAUGAGCACACCUGUGACCUGCCUGAGACGGAAAGAGAAGGUUGGCGUCAUCGUGGACGUCCUAAGUGACACAACAUCCAAUCACAAUGGGUUCCCUGUGGUGGAGGAUGUGGGAGACACUCAGCCAGCCAGGCUCCAAGGCUUGAUCUUGCGCUCCCAGCUCAUCGUGCUCCUGAAGCACAAGGUAUUUGUGGAAAGGUCCAACAUGGGUCUGGUGCAGCGGCGGCUGAAGCUGAAGGACUUCCGUGAUGCCUACCCUCGCUUCCCUCCAAUCCAGUCCAUACAUGUAUCCCAGGAUGAGCGGGAGUGCACUAUGGACCUUUCUGAAUUCAUGAACCCCUCUCCCUACACAGUGCCCCAGGAGGCAUCUCUUCCUCGAGUGUUCAAGUUGUUCCGGGCUCUGGGCUUGAGGCACCUGGUGGUAGUAGACAACCACAAUCAGGUGGUCGGCCUGGUGACCAGGAAGGACCUGGCAAGAUACCGCCUAGGGAAGGGAGGCCUUGAAGAGCUCUCGCUGGCCCAGACGUGAGGGUUGGCUCUACCCUUGUGCAGUGGUACCCGAGCCCCUCUGCACCUCCUCCCAGGGUCCCUGGUCUCAGCCAAAGCCUUGCCCCUCUGGGCAGUGCAACAGCAGGAGCAAAUGUCCUCCCUGGGCCUGACUGGUGUGGGGGCCAGACCCUUGUUCUUGGGCAGUUGGUUUACAUCAUCAGCACUUUCCUUGUUCCCUGACCCCUCCACACCUUGGACUUGCCCUUCUCCUGGGUUCCUUCUCCAAGGAUGAAAUGUGUGCAUUUGCACCCCUUGUGGCUCACUUCUCAGAGCCAGUAGAA